GUGGGGCUGGGAGGACCCCGGGGAGGGAAGGGGCUCUGCAGAAAAGUCGUUAUUGCACAUCAGCAGCUGGAGGCCGCCACGGUAAAGUGCGCGCCUAGCAGUCUUGUCUACGCACGACUCAUGUGAGACCCGGGAGGCAAACCCCGCGCCAUGACUGAGUGUUCCAGACACGUCUGACCGUGAACUUUACCGUCAGUCACCGCAGUUUUUCCGCGCGUUCAGUGUUCAGGAAAUGAGCCUCUGGAUACCCGCUCGGUGGCGUCCUGGUUCCUGAACGCAUGUGGACCCAGGAACCCAGGGUCUCCUGGCCUCGGGAGCUUUCUAUUUUUCCUCCUCUCACGAGGGGUUUGGGGCACCGUGAGGUGUAAAGUGUUAGUCAAGUGUAUGGGAGGGAGUGUGGCUAUAGUCUUGUUCAGGGCUCUAUAUCCCCUUUAGGGCCAACGGAAUAACUGGAAAGUGGACGAAAGGCCAGAGAAUCCUACCGUGAAACUGCUCGCAUGCAAUCCGUCACUCCAGGAUCUGAAAGGAGUAAAUAAAGGAAAAAGGUUCACUGAUGGCUCAGUUGGGAGCAGUUGUGGCCGUGGCUGCCAGUUUCUUUUGUGCAUCUCUAUUCUCAGCUGUGCACAAGAUAGAAGAGGGACAUAUUGGGGUGUAUUACAGAGGGGGUGCCCUGCUGACUUCCACCAGCGGCCCUGGUUUCCAUCUCAUGCUUCCUUUCAUCACAUCGUAUAAGUCUGUGCAGACCACACUCCAGACAGAUGAAGUGAAGAAUGUACCUUGUGGAACUAGUGGUGGUGUGAUGAUCUACUUUGAUAGAAUUGAAGUGGUGAACUUCCUGGUCCCAAAUGCAGUGUAUGACAUAGUGAAAAACUAUACUGCCGACUAUGAUAAGGCCCUCAUUUUCAACAAGAUCCACCAUGAACUGAACCAGUUCUGCAGUGUACACACACUUCAAGAGGUCUACAUUGAACUAUUUGAUCAGAUUGAUGAAAAUCUCAAACUGGCCUUGCAACAGGACCUGACUUCCAUGGCCCCUGGGCUUGUCAUCCAAGCCGUGCGGGUGACGAAGCCCAAUAUACCUGAGGCGAUACGCAGGAACUACGAGUUGAUGGAAAGUGAGAAGACGAAACUGCUUAUCGCAGCCCAGAAACAGAAAGUGGUGGAGAAGGAAGCUGAGACCGAGCGGAAGAAGGCCCUCAUUGAGGCAGAAAAAGUGGCUCAGGUUGCAGAAAUCACCUAUGGGCAGAAGGUAAUGGAGAAGGAGACUGAGAAGAAGAUAUCGGAAAUUGAAGAUGCCGCGUUUCUGGCCCGGGAGAAGGCAAAGGCUGAUGCUGAGUGCUACACUGCUAUGAAGAUAGCCGAAGCAAACAAGCUGAAACUGACCCCUGAGUAUCUGCAGCUGAUGAAAUUCAAGGCAAUUGCUUCCAACAGCAAGAUUUACUUUGGCAAAGACAUCCCUAACAUGUUCGUGGACUCUGCAGGCAGUCUGGGCAAACAGUUUGAGGGCCUAGCAGACAAGCUGAGCUUUGGCUUAGAAGAAGAGCCCUUGGAAGCAGCCACUGAAGGGAACUGAAAAUGUUUUCUAUACAACUUCAGGUGACACUUAAAGAGAUCUUUAUUUUUCCAUGAUGAACCAGAAUGCCCCUCCCUCCCACACUACCUUCUUUGACUCUCCAAGGUACUGUGGUAGAAAAAGAGAAAUAGACUUAAAUCUACACCCCUUCCUGGGAAGGGGUGGGCGGCAGGAGAUUGAUGAUUUGGGAUUUUAUUCAGGCAAGGAGGUUAUAUGACUUCUGAUAAGAUUGCAAACCAUGGGUUUGACCUUAAACCUCCAGGCACCAAUUCUGGCUUGUUGAAGUAAUCAUUAAGGAGCAGGGAAAAAUGUAGGGUGAUUUGAUUUCCCUUAUUUGGGAAAAUGUGGUCCAAUUUUCUCAUCCUUGCCUCCAGGGUGGGAGAUGGCUGUGGGUAAGGCUUAGCAACUGAGCAAAAUAUGUGCUUGUAAAUCUGCCAGUAGAGCUGUGGAGAAAGAGCUGCAGAGAAUGUUUGACUUCCCUGGUAUUUUUGUCAGUACAUAGAUGAGUUAUUUUAGAGGUAUGCCUUCUCGAGCCCUCAUGAGAAAGAACUGGUGCUAGGUUUUGCAAGGUUUUCUAUACACUACCCUCCUGACCCUCAGGCUUAAAGAAUGUGGUGGUUUCUGACUAGAUUUCCAGAGUCAGUGUUUGGUCACCACCACACAAGUCUUUUUUGAAACAUUUCACCUAUUCUGUGAUUUGAGUUUUUUCCUCUCAAAUAAUCUGUUUGCUGGUUCCACUCAGCAUCAGGAAGACAGGGACAAACAACCCAAGUGUCUUAAUAGCCACUGAAGUGGGAUCGUUACAUCUACUUGCCACUGCAGUACCUGCUUGGCAGAUUGUAUAUGUACCUUGAGAUCAAGUAUGUUUUUAUCGUUGUGGAGAGUCUACAAGGAAGAGCUCUACCACCGUAUCAUCCAAGAGAUUUCCUCAACUGUGCCUAUGGCUUGUGCUGAUGGUUUGAUUUGUCUGGCAUAAUGAUAGCAUAGUAGCAUGUAAUCGUAGCAUGUGUUUUUAAACCCUGGGCUUCAGGCAGCCACACGGGUCAGACUGAUGUUAAACUUCCAGAGACAGCUAUGGGGAAACAAGUCAGAGUUCAUGCCUGGUAUGGCUGCAUUGAAAUCAGUUUUAAAUGUUUUAUCUUUUAUUAGUAUGUGAGGAAGUGUGAGCCACCCUGGGAGAUUCUAGGCUGGGGAGAGCAAACAUGAAAGAAAGAUUUUUCUAAUAUCCUGAAAUCAGGAUCGGGGGGAAAGAGGGAUCCAGCUUAUAGCCCAUGGGAUAUGUAUACAGGCUUGGGAAUUGGAGGAUUAAUUUGCAAGCAUAUUGGUUCUAUCCAGGACCAGCUCUGGCUUAGAAAUUGGCCUUAUUAUUGGUUUGCUUUCCUGCACACACACACACACACACACCGCAAACUCCCACCAUACCCCUCUUCCCUAGGGUGAAUACUAUGAAUGAUACUUUCUGGUACAGAUUCCCACCUCGUUUUUGGUCCCAUUCCCAGACUUCUGGUUCAUAGACUGGCUUCUUCUCAAGCCAGAGCUCAGGCCAGCUUGCUCCUAAGUAGCACCAGGAGUUUGGGAGCACGCAGCCUACCUAGGAAGGUAUAGCAUGUUAACUCCCCUUACUUCAUGUGUUGCCCUUUUCUCUUCUAAUUCCUGGACUUAGUAUCCUCAAACCACUGGUACUAGUCAAACUUAGCGCAAGCAGCAAAAUGUUCUGGGAGGGGCAGAUUUCCAUGUGCUCGAGAGUACUUGCAGAAGGCGGACAGUCUCCCAAGACCAGCAUAGGGUGUCCAUUGUUAAGAUCACUCAUCUUCCUCCCCUUUCAAUGGCCUUCCUUGAUCAUUUGUUAGGACCAACGUGACAUGACUUAGCAAACCCGUUUUACAUAUUUGUCUGCACUCUCUGCUCUGAGCUGUUGCUGCCUGGGCCUCGGAAAACCCCACUUCACUACACUAGAAUCAGGAACAGGGACUUCUCAGCCUCCCUGAAUAGCAUGUGUUGCUCAGGUGUUCAGGUCCUAAAGCUUCUCUAGUACUAACAUCCCAUGAUAGCUUGCCCCUUGCACUAGAUACACUGAUUACAAAACAAUCUCAAGAGCCUCAAGUCCUGCUGCAGCUGCCCUUCUUGAGGUUAGUGUUGCUUCCUCUUUAAACCCAAAAUAGAAAUGCUGUAGUACCCAUUAUCUCACAUCCAGUAGUUGUCUAUACCUGCCUGGAUAGUAAAAUCAUGGGAGUCGGCUGUCUCCUUAACAUUGGGCAUCUAACCCAUCUGUGUGUUAUGACUUUGGUUUUUUAACACUAGAAACUCCAAUCUUUAAGCAUUUGAGUUCUAAACAUGUAAAUGUGACAGCCUGCAGUUUUGUAGGCAUUAAAGUCAUGGCUGCUAUUUAUAAGUGGAACUUCUAUCAAAAUAAGUAACUGUUUAUAAAAUUCAGUUUUUGUAGGAUUUUCCAAGGAAAGGUCACCCUGGCUGAAUGUUUCUUACUCAUUAAAUUUUGCAGAAGUGACUCAUAUCCAAUACUGUUUUUAACCACUUUUUUAAUCUAAGGAAAGAAUGUUUACAAGGAAGCCAGAGUUUGUUAAAAAUUUUUACAUUAAAUAAAAUAGAUUCAGAGGGAUCCUGUGAUAUUAAGAUGAGGAAAAAAAUUACUGAAAAAAUCUUAGCAAUAUGUUGGUCAAAAAAAAGUAGAUGUUUUAUAAAUGGUCUGUUGUAAUUUCUGUGGGUCUGUGUAUCUUUCAAUAUUAGUAACUUUACCAUUUAUAGAGAGCAAAUAGUGAAAGUAAGAUGGUAUUUAUUGACUUGAUUUAUCCAUUUAAGAUUGAUCUAAGAUAAAAUGGAUCUUGGCUAGAGGUUAAGCUGUGUUCUACCCAAUCGGAGGUUCUAGCCACUGCUCUCUGUUGUCUCCUUGAAAAAGAGGAAAUAGCCAAUCAUUUUGUGUUUGUGUUUCCAUUCCUUUUUAUUUGUGUUCGAGCAGCCAGAUUAAGUCUACUUUCAAAGAACACCAAGGGCCUAGUGACUCCCUUUGUAACUGGGAAAUGAUUCUUAUAUAUUAAUGAGGCUAUAAAUGAUACUGCUGGAUUAGUUACCUUGGGUUGAAAGCUGGAAGAAUUGUUUUGGACAACUCUAAAGGUCUCAUGUGAAUUUAUGUCUUAGUUUUGUUUUCAGUCUUACUAAAUAAAAUGUCUUUGUAUUUACUUUUUUACAAAAGCUAAAUUUAGCUAUAGCUAAUAUUAGGGUAGGUGAUACUUAAAAAAAAAAAAAAAAAAAAUCCCUGCCUAGAGAGUUAAGUACAGGAUCUCCCUAAAAAGAUAUUCAGAUGAAAA